UGUCCCUGUUGUUUACUAAAUAUAUUUACCAAAUAUAUAUCAAUCUAUAAUAGGUGAGAAAUGGGGGAAACUGCUCGCAUUGUUUCCGACCAUGUAUCUGUCGGGUGGCACAUGUGUGACCUUAAUCAUGAUAGGAGGUGGGACCAUGAAAAUCUUCUUCCAGAUCAUUUGUGGGGACACAUGCAACAUAUAUCAACCGACGACAACGGAGUGGUACGUGGUUUUCGCUUGUUUUGCCACUGCUCUGGCUCAAUUUCCCAAUCUGAAUUCGAUUGCUGGGGUAUCCCUCAUCGGAGCCGUUACUGCCAUAAGCUAUUGUUGGCUGAUAUGGGUAGUCUCUGUCUUCAAAAGUAGGCCCCUGGGGAUCUCAUAUGACCAACUAACUGCAAAGUAUUUUGAUGCAAAAAGGAUCUUCACCAUUUUCAAUGCUUUUGGGAUUAUUGCCUUCACUUUUAGAGGCCACAAUCUUGUACUUGAAAUACAGGGGACUAUGCCUUCGAACGCAAAGUGCCCAUCGCGUGUACCAAUGUGGAGAGGAGUGAAGUUUGCGUAUGCAAUUAUCGCAAUGUGUUUGUUUCCCAUUGCCAUUGGCGGCUAUUGGGCAUAUGGAAAUUUAAUACCUAAUGGAGGGAUGCUCAAUGCUUUGUACAAAUACCACGCGGAUGACACACCAAGAUGGCUCUUGGGAUUGACAAGCUUACUCGUGGUGAUAAACAGUCUCAGCUCAUUCCAAAUAUAUGCAAUGCCUGUUUUUGACAAUCUGGAGUUGAGGUAUACCAGCAAAGCAAACAAACCCUGUCCAUGGUGGCUCCGAUCAGGGUUCCGAGCUGCCUUUGGUUGUCUUGCAUUUUUCAUAGCAGUGGCUCUACCAUUCUUGCCAAGCUUGGCAGGAUUGAUCGGAGGGAUAUCGCUGCCAAUCACCUUAGCAUAUCCCUGUUUCAUGUGGAUACUGAUCAAGAAACCUCAGAAAUGUACUGGAAUUUGGUACGUCAAUUGGGUAUUGGGAGUAUUGGGAAUGAUUCUUAGCAUUCUUGUUGUCACUGCAGCAAUUUGGAAUAUAGUGACCAUAGGAAUAGAGAUCCACUUUUUCAAGCCCAAAUGAGCAGCCAGCUAAAACAAGAAGGUGCAAAGGUUCAACGUAGCUCUGUAGUUGCUCGAUGCGUGUGAAAUUGAGGAACCGCUCCUACCCAGAAGUUAACCACCGAGAAGUAGCUUCAAAUAUCAUUGUAAAAAAGAAAAUAAAAAAGUUCGGAACAUCUUCUCCUGUUUCUGCCCUCUUGGGUUUACAAACUGGCCGCUUGACCUUCAAGAGUGGAAUAAACAUUUUGCUCAGAGGAGAUGAGACAGUGGAGUUGUUUUCAACAAGAUUUUCUGUAUAACUGUAAUGAUGCUUUAGAAACUGUUUGCUUUGUUACUAUUGCAGAGCUGCUGGAACUUGCUUGCUUGUGAUGUAUUUAAUCAGAUUCUCAGAGGUAUGUAGUGUUUGGUUUGUAACUA